CCUCAAAACGGUGCUGGACCCGGGGACGUCAGGUGCCAGGGCUGGGUAUUUUUUUUUCUGGGUGCGGCGUGCGCGUCUCUGAGUGCGCGCGCCCUGGUGGUCACUGCAGGGCCCAUGUGUGCUGCAGACACACGCACAGGUGCCCGCGUCUAGCCGGCACCCGUGUCUAGCCGGCACCCGUGUCUAGCCGGCACCCGUGUCGCGCGCACACGGAUGGCAGGGUGGCACCUGUGCCCAGAUGCACGUGGGCCUCCGCCUGCGCGCAGCUGCCCUGCAAAACCCACUGAGCCCGAGACCAGAAGCUCACCUCAACCUUCUGCCCUGGCCUCUGCCAGCCAUCAGCUGGGUACCCCAGCAGUCACUGCCCUGCGCUGUCCACGCUGGGGUCGUGUGGGUCCUUCCAGAUGCUUCCUUAGUGACCCCUGGUGACCUGAGGAGCCACUUAGGAGCCCGGCCUCCCCAGACUCCACCCAGGGUCAGAUUCCCAGGAAUGACCUUGAGUCACCGCCCCUGCCCACGGCCCAGGAAAGAGGAAGCUGCGGGCCCAGCUCUUGGCACCGUCCUCCCCACACACAACCCUGGCUGCCACCAGAGUCAUCGGAUCCCUACACUCCUUCUGCUAGGCCUCAGUUUCCCUUCCGGAGCAAUGGCAGGGCAAGGCUCCGGGGUCUCCUGGCUGGCCUUUGAUGGCUGGGAGUCUAAGGACCUUCCUCGGGUGAGCCCUCGCUUCCUCCGAGCCUGGCACCCCUCGCCUGUCGCAGCUAGGAUGCCAACCAGGCGCUGGGCCCCUGGGACUCAAUGUAUGACCAAGUGUGAGAACUCACGCCCCAAGCCUGGUGAGCUGGCCUUUCGGAAGGGCGACAUGGUGACCAUCUUGGAGGCCUGUGAGGAGAAGGGCUGGUACCGCGCCAAGCACCACGGCAGUGGGCAGGAGGGGUUGCUGGCGGCCACUGCUCUGCGCCAGCGGGAGGCCCUUUCUGCAGACCCCAAGCUCAGCCUCAUGCCAUGGUUCCACGGUAAGAUCUCGGGCCAGGAAGCCGUGCAGCAGCUGCAGCCCCCCGAGGACGGGCUGUUUCUCGUGCGAGAGUCUGCUCGUCACCCCGGAGACUAUGUCCUGUGUGUUAGUUUUGGCCGAGACGUCAUCCACUACCGUGUCCUGCAUCGAGACGGCCACCUCACCAUCGACGAGGCCGUGUGUUUCUGUAACCUGAUGGACAUGGUGGAGCACUACACCAAGGACAAGGGGGCCAUCUGUACCAAGCUGGUGAAGCCCAAGAGGAAACAGGGUGCCAAGUCGGCCGAGGAGGAGCUCGCAAAGGCUGGCUGGCUACUCGAUCUGCAGCACCUCACUCUGGGAGCACAGAUUGGAGAGGGGGAGUUCGGAGCCGUCCUGCAGGGUGAGUACCUGGGGCAGAAGGUGGCCGUGAAGAACAUCAAGUGUGACGUCACAGCCCAGGCCUUCCUGGAUGAGACGGCUGUGAUGACAAAGCUGCAGCACAGGAACCUGGUACGGCUCCUAGGCGUGAUCCUGCACCACGGCUUGUACAUUGUCAUGGAGCACGUGAGCAAGGUGUGUGGGGUGGCAGAUGGGUGGAUGGGCGGGGUGGCCCAACAGCCUGGAGACCCCCAGGUCCCUCCCCCCAAACAGGGCAACCUGGUGAACUUCCUGCGCACGCGGGGCCGCGCCCUCGUGAGCACAUCUCAGCUCCUGCGGUUUUCCCUACAUGUUGCUGAAGGCAUGGAGUACCUGGAAGGCAAGAAGCUGGUACACCGGGACCUGGCUGCUCGCAACAUCCUGGUCUCUGAGGACCUGGUGGCCAAAGUCAGUGACUUUGGCCUAGCCAAGGCUGAGCGGAAGGGACUGGACUCCAGCCGGCUGCCAGUCAAGUGGUCAGCACCCGAGGCUCUCAAGAAUGGGCGGUUUUCCAGCAAAUCAGACGUCUGGAGUUUUGGGGUGCUGCUGUGGGAAGUUUUCUCAUAUGGAAGAGCUCCGUACCCCAAGAUGUCGCUGAAGGAGGUCUCAGAGGCCGUGGAGAAGGGUUACCGCAUGGAGCCCCCCGACGGCUGCCCAGCCUCUGUGCACACCCUCAUGGGCAGCUGCUGGGAGGCCGAGCCUGCACGCAGACCUCCCUUUCGCAAAAUAGCAGAGAAGCUGGGCCGUGAGCUCCGCAGCGCGGGUACCGCAGCUCCCAUUGCGGGACAGGAAGUUGAGGGUUCAGCUCCCCCACGGAGCCAGGAUCCCUGACCCUGAAACAGGGAGCAAGAGGACACAGGUUCAUGGUCACGGCACCAGGAUGGGCCAGUGCACAGGCUCCCAAGUCCCUGAACCCCCAAUAAAGAGUGAUCGGAAGGACUGGUACACUUGUGUCUCUGUGAAGCCCGUGUCUGCCCCUCCUCCCCCUUGAGCUCCCUGCACUCGCCUGUGGCAGGCCUGA